UGCUCUCAUAGCUUGAGAGAGAGAGAGAGAGGUUGUUGCAAGAACGUCGAAGCAUUGUCAAGCAGCCAUGGAGAAAGACUGUGAAGCUUCGGGUGUUUCAAGAAUGUCGAAGCAUUAUCAAGCAGCCAUGGAGAAAGACUGGAAAAGGUUGGAGGAAAUUUGCUUAAAAACCGGAACCGCGGAUUCUCCUAUUACAGUCGCCGGGGACACUGCAGUGCAUAUUGCAGUGCACAGUGGCCGUGUGGACUUGGUCCGUAAGUUGCAAGAAAUUAUACCGACCGGGAUUCGGGUGACAAAUAAUCGUGGAGAUACAGUACUUCAUGAGGCGGCUGUAGUUGGAAACGUUCCCAUGGCAGAAUUCUUACUGAGACAUGACAAAGAUCUUCUUGAUGUUAAAAAUAAGAGAGGUGAAACUCCUUUGUUUAGGGCCGCUGCAUCAGAUCAGAUAAAAAUGGUCUCUUUUUUAGCUGGGAAAGCCAUGGAACGUGGCACCAUGAAGAAUCACAUCAGGAAAGGCGCGACCUCCAUUAUUCAUAUAGCUGUCUGCAGCAGAUACUUUGGUACAGCUCUGCAUUUACUGCAAAUCUACCCAUCGCUUCAAUCUGCGAGGGAUCAAAGUGGCAUGACAUGUCUUCAGCUGCUAGCUAACAUGCCAUUUGUUUUCCAGAGUGGAUGCCCUUUGACCAAAUGGGAGUGGCUUCUCUUCCAUUGCCUUCCAGUUAAUGUCGAUGACAAUGGGGAUGGCAAACAUGAUGAAACUCCGGAGGUUGGCUGUGGCAGGAGUUGCCCCCGAAAAUUCUGCCUUUGGGUUGACAGUAGUACUGGCCAAGCAAUUUCAACAACAUACUCUGCUCUUUGGAGGUGCAUAGCUCAAAGAUUUCCAGACAUUAGUACGCUCUGGGACAAAAAAAAGCUGCAGAAGAGAGCGGUAAAGCUUGCUGGACUACUUCUAGAAGCUCCUGAUCAGUACGAGACAUGCAUGGGUACAAACCUUGGGGACAAACCUCCUGAUCUCUCUUCGUUUCGUAAGGACAUGGAUCAUGAUGAUCAAGUCAAAGGAACAGAUAAACCGGAGGACAUGCCUCCACUCAUCACUAUCUCAUCUUUGGAGUCUCCACUACUUUCAGCCGCAAGGAAUGGGAUCAUAGAGAUUGUAGACAUGAUUCUGACCAAGUAUCCUGAGGCAAUUGAGGCCAUAAAUGAGCGAGAUGAGAACAUAUUUCAUGUUGCAGUGAGAUAUCGAAGGCAGAAAAUCUUGGAUCUUCUCCAAAAAUGGCCCGCUCCGACAAAAAGGCUUAGGAGGAGGUUCAACUGCGAUGGUGACAGCAUUUUGCAUCAAGCUGCAUACUUGAGAGAGCGUCAGCUGAGGGACAGGCCUGGGGAAGCCCUUCGCAUGCAGUCAGAGAUGCAAUGGUUUGAGCGAAUUCGGAAAAGUGUGCCUCCACAUUUCAUCAACCACCUUAAUAACAAUAAUCAAAUUGCUCAUAAAUUGUUCACCAGCGAACAUAAGAAACUGAUGGAGGAUGGCCGAAAAUGGAUAGAUCAAACAACAAAGGCCUGCACUAUUGUUGCUGUCCUAAUAGCCACCAUUGCUUUUACCUGUGCGUACACUACCCCCGGGGGUUCCAACUCAAAAACGGGCCAACCAUUGCUCCUCAACGAAACUCCAUUUCGCACUUUCACAACCUCUGACACAUUAUCGCUCUGCUUCUCCCUGACUUCUGUGGUAUUGUUCCUCUCCAUCAUGACAUCAGAAAUGGAUGAAAAAGAUUUCAGGAGAUCUCUUCCAUUGAAGCUGGUGUUGGGACUAACUACAUUAUUCCUUGCCGUUGCGUCUAUGAUGGUUGCUUUCGCUUCUACGCUUGUGCUUAUGGUAGGGAAGAGGCUACAUUCUGCUGCAACUCCAAUUUACACUGUCGCUUGUUGCCCAGUUGCUCUCUUUCUUGUGCUUGAAUUUCCUCUCUAUCUCAAUAUUGCUUGGUAUACGAUGAAGGAUAUGCGGCAGAGUUUCAUUGAAUGUCUUCCUUUUGGGAAACGAUUGUUUCGGAGCUCCGAGCAGUACUAGCACUUAGGGUGGUUAAUUUAGUUAUGCCUACAAUGUGUGUGUGUGUGUGUGUGUGUGUUUUUUUUUUCUUCAGUGUGCAUUUUCCUUUUGUUGUUGUAACUAUGUCCAAAGUGCAUGUUUGUUCCUAAAAAAGAAACUAUUGUUAUUCACAGCUAAGAAACCAGCACAGAAUCAAACCACGCACACACAUUAGGUUUCACAGCUACUCUAUCAUCUCUUAACAAUACAGAACUACUACAGAUCCAGUUUCUUGGAUUUAUCA